UCUAAACUGUUGUUACCAGUUAGAAAGCUCUCGCCCUCCUAAUAGAAGUAGAUACUUUCCGGUGAGUGGUGCUAGAAGAGUACUUGCGAGUAAUAAGGAUAGUCUGCAUUGCCUAAAUCCGCCUCCGUGCAACUCCCAACUUGUCCAUUCUGCAUGCCCCUGCAAAUACACAGGUGGGAGGACUUUCAAGGUUCUCGGUAGAUGGGUUGUGUCAUACUCUUGGGAUUUCCAGAAUGGAAGUUCUCAAGAAAUGGCAUCUCCGGUAAACAGACUAAACCUUAUUACAACGUAUUCAGGGAGAAGGAGAAAUUUCUUUUCAAGAUGCAAGAAGAGGACUUGCGAGGCAUGUACUGUAAUCUUCCUCCUUGCAAUGCAAGAAGAGGAUUUUACAGCAGAGGUCUUUGACGUCUUGUUUUUCUUUGAUUUUUGGAAGGUCUAACGGAGUGCCAUUUUGGAAUGGGAGCUCGUCGAUCUGAGGAUCAGAGAUCCCAGCAAAUCGAUUAUUGAGCCCUGACUUUCCAGACACACUGUCCGUCCUUCCGGGUUGCAUAUAUGAUCAGGUUUGGGACAGAGUCCUAAUCGAUUUUGGAGUUCUUAGCCGAGUUGGCUUCGGCUUCUUUGCUGUGCUGGAUUAAACUAUCCAGUUCAUCCUCCGAGUCGUAGGAGUACUCAGAUUCGGAAUCAGUUAAUCCACCGAUUUUAGAAUAAGUGUGUUUUGGGUGAGCGAGGAGUGGAAUUCCCAUCUCUACCCAGAGAGCAUUCUUGUUCAUCCAGUGCUGCCAAGAUUGGAUUGGAGUUAAUCCGUCUGGCUCUUUGGUCUAGGGCUUGUUGAAGAUCGACUUGCUGGAUGCUUCAGGGGGUUCGGAUGUUUCUUCCUGCUUUUUAAGCUUAGCUUCCUGCCAGAGGGCGUCAGCCAUGUGAUGUGGAUGGCAUAUUGUCUCCAUGAAUAGGUCGACAUCAUCUGACCAGUCCUCGAGACCAUCAUAUGGUUCAAGGUUGUUAAGGCUUUCCAUGAACUCAUCGAAAUCUUGAUCAAACAGAGGAUCAGAGAAAUCACUGGGUUUGGGAGUCCACUUGUGAACGGGUUUUGGCGAGGGAGCCUAGGGGGUCCCUGAGAGAGGCGGUCCCAUCCGUUCAAGCCGGGGGUUUGCCUUCUCGGGUUUCCCACAAGAUUUUCCCGUCUUGUCUUGUUUCUUGGGGCUCCUGUGCUGGAGAGUAUUCUCAGCCAUGUUGAUGCAGCUGAUGAGUGUAGAGUCAACUCAAUCGAUCCCAGAGAACAUGUCACCCGUCCGAUCACGUCAUGGGUUCGAGGUUUCCGGGUUCUACUGUAUUUUGGUUGGAUCAAAAGCAGAUUCUUUGAGCUUGAUGCAUCCUUCGAUUGAUCGUCCGUUGGCUAGAGUUCUGAGUUGACGAUCUUAGAACGCUUGAGGAGUUUCAUGGUGAUGAUACUUCUCUCACAUCACAUGACACUCAACAUUCUCUCUCUUGUGCCAUCUCAGCAAAUUUAAUGGUCAUGACACUCGCACUGAGAUUGACCUAAGGCAAAUGAAGGAUAACCCCUAGUCUAGACACCACGUCUACGCUAUUGAUUACUACUGCAGUCUAACGACGUCUGUCGACCUGUAGCAAACUACAACAUUUCAUAUAAAUACGGAGCGAUGAAACCAGAGUGCUCAAGUCACUCAAUAGCAUGUCUUGCCCAUGGUGCUCGCCAUUGAGGAUACUACACGUAGCAUGUUUAGUGUAGGGCGCACUCAUAUUAAACUAUUAAGAGAGGCCAUGCAUUGACUAAACCAAACUAAAAUGAAAUAAAUGGAUACAAGCACAGGAUUACAGGUGACUGAGAGAUGUCAAAUAGUACAAUAUCGUGCCACAAAUAUUGUUUUGUUAAGAAAGCGUGUGACAAAUUUUUGUUGUCGAAAGAUGCCCCCAUCUGAGGAGUUAUUUCUUUGAUGCCGCAUUAAUUUUGGAAACUCACGUAGUUAAAACUUGCUGAGUAAAGGGAGUAACGCUAGAUUACUAUGCAGUUUCUCUAACGUUUUAAUUCAAUGCCCACUAGCACAUGGUUAGAUGCAGACAUGAUCUCUAUAAAUACCACGGCGGGGAAUUGCGGUGCUUGACAAAACCAAUCUGGAGAGAAGGAGAGGGAACACGGAACAACGUGAAAGAUGGCAACAAAUACUGUUUGUCAAGUUGUCCCUUCUCCCGCUGAAGAUGCCGCGGCUCUCUUGAAGGCUUUCCAAGGAUGGGGCACGGACGAACAGGCAGUUAUAGCCAUCUUAGCUCGGCGUGACGCGACUCAGAGGAAACAGAUUAUUUUGACCUAUGAACAGAUGUACAACGAAAGCCUACUGCAACGCCUGCAGUCAGAGCUCUCUGGAGAUUUUGAGAGAGCAAUGUGCCAGUGGAUACUGGACCCUGAUGAGAGGCAGGCUGUGACGGCGAACGCUGCGAUGAAAUGCAUCCAGGAGGAGUACCCAGUCAUCAUCGAGAUCGCUUGCGCUAUCUCUUCUGAGGAGUUUAUAGCAGUGAAGAAGGCCUACCAUGUUCUGUACAAGUGCUCCCUGGAAGAAGAUGUCGCUGCUUGCUCCACGGGAAAUCUUCGCAGUCUUUUGCUUGCCCUAGUGAGCACCUACAGGUACGAUGGCAAAGAUGUAAACAUGGGGUUAGCAAAAUCAGAGGCGAAGAUUGUUCAUGAGGUUUUGCGAAAUGGCGCAAUUGAUAAUGAGGAGCUCAUCAGGAUCGUGGGUACUAGGAGCAAAGCACAGCUCAAAGCCACAUUCAGCUGCUUUAAAGAUGAGCACAACAGCAGCAUCACCAAGGCACUACUACAUGCAACCGAUCCGACAUGCUACUUGCGCGCUCUGCGAACCACAGUGAGGUGCAUUGCAGAUGCAAACAAAUAUUUUGCCAAGGUUCUGAGGAACGCUACACGUGAAGCAGGGACUGAUGAGGAUACCCUAACCCGUGUGGUCGUAAUGCACGCCGAGAAAGACUUGAAGGGCAUCAGCAGCGCGUUCCAGAAGAGGACCUCGGUUACCUUAGAGCAAGUCAUUGCCAAGGAAACCUCGGGUGACUACAGGAGCUUCCUCAUGGCUCUCCUUGGAAGCUAAACAAGGAUAGCACACAAUUAAUAAUACAGGAUAGAGAUAAUAUUGCCGUGUUGAUAUAUGUAUGAACUAAAUAAAGAAUAAGGCUACUCUCCUCCACCCAAGUGGCAAAACUCAUAUGAAUUGAGCCAUUUCGUAGGAUUCUGAUAAGUUUCAAUCUUUUAUUUCAAAGGGUUACACAACAAAGUUU